AUGGUCAUCCUUUUAGAAAUAAAGCAAGAUCAGCAACAUCUGGUGUUUCUUAUAAUGUGUUGGAAACAUUUAGUAAAGAUAUGUAUUGCAUUGGCAAUUUUCAUUCAUCAGUAUGACGCGAUUGUCUUCGAUUGCUUGUACUCGAUGGAAGACUGGGUCAUUCUUGAUAAGGUUUACGGAUGUACAGUCAAAAAUUUAAAGAUUCAGAAAGGGGAUACGUCAGUCAUUGCCGUUACGAAAGAUCAUUUGAAAGGAAAAACUAGCAAAGAUGUUGAAACUUUGAAUAUCGAAAAUUCUACUUGCACAACUAUCCCGAAGAAUAUCGAGAAAUCUUUACCAAACUUGAAAGGUUUGAGAAUCGCUCAAGCAAGAUUACAAUCAAUCGAAAGUGAUGACUUGAAACCAUUUCCUGCCUUGAGAAUAUUAUGUUUGUGGGCAAAUCAAUUACAAACACUCGAUGGGAAUCUUCUCAUUAAUAAUCCUAAAUUGGAGUUCUUAAACUUCGGUUCGAACCACAUCCGACACGUUGGCCCCAAUUUCCUUGAUCAUACCAAAAAUUUAAUCGCCGUUUACUUUGAAGAAAACACCUGCACGAAUCACACUAAUCAGUUCGCAAUUGACGAAUUGAAACACGAGCUUGCUGUGAAAUGUCCACCAUCAUUUCAAAUGGUUGAAAUUGCCUUGAUUAAUAGUGGAAAGUUGGCGACAAAAAACGAUGAUUUCGAGAACAAAAUUAAAUUGUUGGAGGACAGAAUCAGUGAAUUAGAGCAACACGCUAGGAAAUAAGUUAAAGGACUUUUUAAUCUUUUCUCAAUUGUAAUGAUGAUCUUUUUUCAUUCUAAUGAAAUAAAAUUCAUAUUCGUUCUUUCAACGACAAAAGUUUCAUAAAUUUUUGCUUAAUCUUGCUGACUUUUGACUUUAAUUUUCAAUACUCUAUGUAGCAGAACGUUCAGUUUUUGUCGUGUUAGAUAAGUGAUAUAGAUUUUUAAACAACGGAUAAUUUAGAUUGAGUUUCACUGAAUAAAUCAUAAUUAAUCUGAAUCUGAAUCUUAAUUAAUUCUUUCUUCCCGUUUUGUUAAAUAAUGCAAGAUUGAGAUGUGUGGAGGUUUUCCAAUUUCAAAUUGCUGCAUAAGAUUCAAACAGAUGAAAAUCAAUCUGAAACAACAAGAUUCUUACAAAAAUAGUUUUUAUUCUCUUAAAAUCGUUUCUCUCUUCAUUUGAACAUCUAAAUACC